AGAUGGAGAAAAUGAGUGAUCUAUCGUCUGCGAAGGGAAUUUCGUCUGAGAGUGCAAAUGAUUCAUUUGUAAAAAGAAGAGAGGAAUUCAAACAACGAGAACUAGAUAGGAAUGAUAAAGACCCUUGUUAUGAGGAAGGACAGAUGGCAUUAGACUGUCUUAAACAACACAUGUAUGAUAAAUCAAAGUGUGUCCUGGAGUUUGAAAAUACACGUGCUUGUAAGAAGUUCUGGAACAAGGUGCAGUGGCAUCGGUUCUUUAAUGGGAUUACCCCCAAAAUGCCUGAAAAGGAGGAGUGGGAGGCGGUGAAGAAGGAGUAUUCAAAGUGGAUAUCUAACUGAAUUAAUGUGGAUGGAGUAUCAUAAGUGGAUAUCUAACUGAAUUAAUGUGGAUGGAGUAUCAUAAGUGGAUAUCUAACUGAAUUAAUGUGGAUGGAGUAUCAUAAGUGGAUGUAUCAUUAUCUAAAUGAAUUGAUGUGAAUGGAGUAUUACAAGUGGAUAAACUGGUAUUAUCUAACUGAAUUAAUAUAGAUGAAGUAAGUGGAUAAAUGUGGAUGGACCAUUGAUAAGUGGAUUUAUCUAACUGAAUGUGGAUGGAGUAUUAUAAGGGCCUAAUUUGGAUAUAUAGUUAAAUUAAAUAUAUGAAUGGAGUCAGUUAAUGAUUGACAACUUUGAUUCAUGGAAUUAUGGUACAAUUAAAAGCUACACUAUGACA